AUGUCAGAUCAAUGGAUAUUUACUGAGUAUACGGCUAAUGAACUACAGGCAGAGUUCCGGUCAGAUAACUCCAAGAAGCUCAGAAAUGUUGCUAACAGGAAAAGACAUGCGUUAAGGAAAAUCAUGGUCAACUUAACAAUGGGUAACUACAGUGAGAUGGUGAAGUUGUUUCCGGAGGUAAUUGAAUGUAUGAAAGUGGAUGAUGAUUUGGAGGUUAAACGUAUAUGUCAUGAUUAUUUGAUUACUUUAGGUUCAGCUAAGCCUGAAAAGGUGUCUGAGGCAUUGCCAAUUUUGCUUCGAGACCUCAAUCAGACGACAGAUGAGCAGUUGAAAAUAAUGGCAUGCAGAACUAUAUGUUCUAUACCUCUACAUGAAACGGUGAAUGAGGCGUUCAAAUAUAUCUAUGAUUUAAUAUCUAAGAAUUCUCCAUAUAUCCUUCUGAAGAAAACCGCUAUUAGUGCGUUACCAAAGUUAGAUUUAUUUGACCAUUGUAAAACAAUGGAGAUUGUGGAACUACUUUAUUCAGAACUACAGUAUGCGCAACAGGAUCCCACUGUUUUAACGUCAAUUUUAGAUUCCCUUUAUAAAAUCCAUGAUCAGAAUGAAUCCAUGGGUCAAUUAGUAAUUUCGUAUGAGGUUUGUGAAAAGAUGCUUUUAAUGCUAUCGAAGUUAAAUGAGUGGGAUAAGUCAAUUUUAUUGGAUCAUUUGUGUAUCAGUUAUGUGCCAGAAUCUCAUGAAGAAGCUCAUAAAUUGAUUGAGAUUGUUGUACCACAAUUACAACAUGCUAAUAGUUCCGUUGUUUUGAAUUGCCUUAAACUCAUCACUUAUGCCAGUAAUUACGUUGAGUCGAUCGAGCAAGAGCUCGUUAGCAAAAUAUCAAAUUCUGUUAUUGCACUAUUGUCGAAGCCUCCUGAAUUGAAGUUUUUAGUGCUGAGAAAUGUGAUUCUGAUAUUGCUAAGCAGGGAUAGAAGUUUCUUAGAUCUGGAAGUUUCCUAUUUUUUCAUAGAAUACAACGACAUGAUUUACAUCAAAGACACUAAAUUGGAAAUAUUAUAUUUAUUAGCGGAUGCAGAGAAUUUGCCUCAGAUUCUGAAUGAACUUAAGGAGUAUGGGACGGAUAUAGAUAUUCAGAUGUCAAGAAAGGCCAUUAGAGCUAUUGGAAAUCUAGCGGUAAAGUUAGAAUCAUCCGUCAAAGAAUGCGUUAAUGUACUGAUUGAACUUUUAGGUUUUGGUGUUGAAUACAUUGUUCAGGAAAUUGUCUCAGUAAUUAAGAACAUCAUGAGGAAGUAUCCUGACGAUUUUGCAUAUAUUGUUCCAACUUUAACUGAGUAUAUUGACUCUAUAAAAGAGCCUGAACCAAAAUCUGCAUUAGUAUGGAUUAUAUCAGAAUAUUCUGAUAUGUUAACGAAUUUCCUUGACUUAUUUGGCGAAUUUGUUUAUACUUACAAGGAACAACAUUUGGAAGUGCAAUAUACAAUUUUAAAUUGCAUAGUAGUGUACUUUGUCAGACACCCAUCGGAAGAGUCUGAAAAAUUGUGUAUUCACGUUUUAAAAUGCGCUACAGAGGAGCUUGAUAAUCCCGAUUUAAGGGAUCGUGCAUUUAUUUAUUGGAGGUUGUUAACGUUUGCCCGCCAGCAAUCUAAAGCAGGUUUAAAUGAUGAGACUAUAAUUGAGAUUAUAGAUGGUAGAUUGCCUCUAAUUGUUCUUAACAACAAAUUGGAUCCCUAUAUUAUCGAAGAGCUCGAACUAAAUAUCGGUACAAUUGCUUCUGUUUAUUUGAAACCAGUAUCGCAAGUAUUUCGUAUGAGCAAACCAAAAUCUUUGCCAAAGAGUCCUGCUUUAAACCAAAAUAAAAAUGAACUUAGAAUUUUUAGUGGGAAUUCUGAUCUAAACUCGAAACUCUUCGAUCAUAAACAAUCAUUUUAUCGUCAAAGUAACGAUAAUCUAGUUAAAACAAUGGAUGAUUAUGACAAACCUGCAGAAAAAGUUAACCAGCUUAGAAAAAGAGCUUCGACUCUACUGUUGUCAGGAACAAAACUUGGUAGAAAGUUAUCGAUGAAAAAACCGUUUUAA